CUUCGGUAUCGCUUUAAUUAAUAUAUUUCCCCCAUAAGUAGGGUUUCGUUAAAAGGCAUACAGACUGUGAAACGGUGAACAUAUUAGAGUUCCUUACAAGACCUAACCCUGCAGACAGCAACAGCCAUGUCGCCUAGCUGUACUUAAUUUUCUGCCGCGUUGGGCAAUCCUGGGGCCCAGUGGAGUCGGCGCUAUGAUGCUGCUGCCCAUCCUUGCCUUUAUCAGUUGGUGCUUUGCAGCAGACGCAGCUACAAGCUGCUCUUUUGACUCGCCAAUAAAUGGUUGCAGCUUUAAUUGGACAACAUUCGCUGCCGAGAAUUUCCCGAACUCGGCGCUUCAUGCCUCAAUUGCUGGCGUGCGAGCCAACACUCAAGAAUGCCUUGUGCAUGCGAAAGGAUCCGUGUUUGUACCUCAUGUCAGCGACAUGGACAUAUCAACGUUGCGCGCUGCUGGUGACGUCGCUCGCUUCUGCCCAUCGGCUGGCUGCAAGCUCUACAAAAUACAAGAUCCCAGGCUUCUUGAUCCUUACGGAAUGUCAGUUUUCCUACCUUGUGUUUCCUCUUCCGCCCCAUCUUCGGUUGCCGACUUUUUCCUUUCUGAUGGGGACUGUGCCAACGAUGCCCUUGCCAAGCGCCAGAAUGAGCAAGGGAAAAUUGUUGACAUGACCAAUCAAGACGUGCUAGAAACGAUGUGGUGGACCUCGGCAUGCCUAAAUCGCACAAGCACCACAAAGCGGGUGUUUGCAGCCAUCUUAGCACCUGUCCUCGGGGACAGUCCGGCGCGUGUCUACAACGCAUUAAGCGAUUUCCUUUCGGCCAGUGACCUCUGCAUGGAUUCAGCAGCUUUCAACGUGUCAUGCUCAGAGCGCUUACUCGGGCUUCAUCCACCAAAUAGUACUUCCUGUGAUGCGCAAGACGUUAACGACCUCGAAGGUUGUUGUGGGCUGCAAGACACCCUCAACGGGGCUAACUUGGGCGUCUCUGGGAGGCUUCCAUCCGACUUUACCCUCGCUCGCAACAGGACGAAUCUCUCGGACAACCCCCAGCUCUGCGGACUCGUCUCUACAAUGUCUCCAAGGUCGCGGCUGUCUAACAGCCCGCCGCCGUAUGUUGAGCUAUACAACAGCAAGGUUCAGUUAGACCUGCCAGCACUGCAAGACCAGUACCCUCGCUACGCGCUCCAUGUCAUAUCCUGGCUUGGCAAUUGCUCCUUGACUCGGGACAACCUGGCUGUAAAGCCGCUGGAUGAUGCUACAGGUGUGCUGGCAUGCGCGCUCUUAAAGUACAACGGAUUAACCAUCCAGGCGCCGCUGGCAGAUCCAUCCAUUGCAGUCCGCCACCCCUACCAGCAGUUGCUGGUGAUCCAUAUGGAUAAUGACAAUCAGGCCCGAGCGCUGGAGGAGUAUAACGCCUUUGUGAAGCUGGUGUCUACCGGGCUGCUGUGUGGGCCGUCAGGGGAGCUCUACCGGGCAGUCAAGGUUGUCAUUACAUUUGCUUGCGCUUUCGGAGCUGCCGCAGUUUGGACCUUCAUCAGCCGAUGUACAGGGUGGCUGUGGGCACAGUGUGCAGCAGGGAGGAGCCCCUUGUGGAAUGCCGUGUUGUUCAUCGUUGACGUUGGCCCCUUGCUGUAUGACGAAGUAUCGGACUGGCUGUUUGUGUCAGCGCUUGUGUCGUACGGCAACGUCUUCGGCACUGCCAUUCUGGUAGGCCUCUUAGUGCUGAAAAAUGGCAUUAUAUGCGCUGUCGUUGGUGGAAUCAUUUUGUUUAGUGAAUGGUUUGGGCCGAAGGAAGAUUUGGAGGGGCAGAAGCAAGGAGGGACAGGAGGGACAGGAGGGGCAGGACGGACAGGGACGAGAAGGAAAUGGGUCCUCCUUAUUGGUUUAAUCAUCGUGUUGUUGGGGCUUGUGAUGCUGGGGGGUGGAGCCUAUGGUGCAGUGCAGAAUGUGGGUAGGGUCAACGCCAGCCGCAAGGGAAGGUUUUGCUACGAGGACGCCCUGCUCCUCAUGGAGUGGGGCAUUGGCUUGUCAGCGCCCGGCAUAGUCGCGGACAUGACGUAUGCGGUCUUCCUUCGCUUCAAGGCCGCCGAGGAGGGUAGGAAUGGCCCAAAACCAGCGACUGAAGCGUAUGAGCGGCUGCAUAUAUCGUUCUGCGCGGCAGAGGAUUUUCCGCAAGCCAUUGCACAGGCUAUCCUAUGGGUGAAGGGCUUAGCCCUUACCACCACAACGGACUUCCUCAUAUCUGCAGCCCCUGCGUACUACGGAAUCUCCAUAGUCGUGCUGAGGUUGUCUCUGAAUCGCCUGCGGCGGACACAAGAGCAGGAGUCGAAUACGGUCGCCAGUCCGUAGGCGAUGUGGAUGUUCUGGUAGGUAGGUAGGUAGGUAGGUAGGUAGAGGCGGUUCGAAUGUAAAACCUGAGUUGUGAUACCUACCUAACAUUAACAAUUUAGCAUUAUUGGGGGGCAAUUAAGGACACGGGUGGUCUAAACCCAUGUGUCGUUGACCACGACAUGACGCCUGAUGCUUAGCGUUGAUUGGCUUGCAGAUGCAACUACGCGCGCUGAGCCAUGGAUACAUGGCGUGCUGCAGUGCGCUGUUAUAGAUGCGCAAAGUACCUGCUGUUUAGAGUAUGACUGUACGCUUCUUGCAUUGUGGGUGAGUCGCAACUUUGGUUUUGGGUGAGGCCACGGCUGGCAAUGACUUAGUUGUUACUUGUCACUCCCGUCUAAUACCAGCGUAAUGCGAUUCUUGGCGUAUCCAAUUAUUCAUUGACACAACCGAUUAAAGGGACUGCGGACAAGACGCUCUCGGUCUGUGUAAUUUAUGUCCUUACUAGGACCGGCUACAGCCAGGCGUGUGCGUGUGAAGUUUGUCGUCCAAAACAUGCGCAUGUAGGUUUGGAUGCCUUAUAGGAGCACCGUUGGAUGGUGCUGCAACGUGUUCGCAGCAAGCAAUGCAAAUGUGUGUCCAGUUAUUUGCUGGAGUUUGCUUGCUGUUCAUUGCUCAGAUGAUGACCACCGGUAGUAGAUAGGACCAUACUUUCUUGAAGACAUCGAGCAACAGGCCAUUUGCCUAAGGGACCUAGUGCGAGAAGGUAUUGUUGGACGGACGUUGCUGUCCACACUGACCAGACCGAAGCGAUCUCAUGGCCUGCCCAAAUGGGUGUGUAGCAUGGGGGGGUGACGGUGUGGUGGGGUGGUUGGGUGCGGUUUCACGGCUGUUUAUGAUGGCGGUGUGUGGGAGUUUGCUGCAUAGCUAAACGACUGCGCGAUUGCCGCAUAGCUAAACGACUGCGUUUGCCUAUCCAGUGCGGCGGUUACAUGCCUGGAAAUGCGUGCCUGCGCAUGGAGCCCUGAUCAUGGGCUCUGAGCAUGCUCCGAGCAUGCUCAGAGCCCACAACCUGGGCCGAAAUCGCGAGCAUGCUCAGAGCCCAUAAUCCUGGGCUUUAAUGCGAGCAUGCUCAGAGCCCACAAUCCGGGCGAGGACCUUACUGGGAAGACAAGAAGGUUUGGAAGCUGGAUGGGGAGUUGAUUGAUGCGGUGGCUUACUAUUGUGUACAAUAGUAGAUCAUAUAGAGCAUGUUGUCGCCAUGGCAUUGCAAGAUGCGUCAGAGUUUGUAUGGUUGUCAUCUGGUGACGUACAAGCCGAGCGGUAUUGAGAGUACGGCCAAGGUGCGAGUGCACGGCAGGUGGGAUUGGUCCUUGGAGGUACAAUUUGUUAAAGGGCCCCUGUCUC